AUGACACUGUACAAGCGGUAUGUGUCUCCAGUUAGCCCAGCAGUUUAUCCACACCUCACUUUGUUAUUGCUCAGCAUUGGUGUGUUCUUCACGGCAUGGUUUUUCGUCUAUGAAGUUACUGGUACAAAGUAUACCAGAAAUUUGAAAAAAGAACUGACCAUAUCUUUUGUUGCUGCCUUAUUUACUGGCUUUGGCCUUCUUUUCUUAUUACUAUGGGUUGGAAUAUACGUAUAA